CCCCUCCCCCGCCUCCUGCCUUGUGACACAUCCUGGGCCCUCGCGGAGGCCGUAGCCGCGGCUCGGCGGCGGCAGCGCCGGCCACCACCUCCUCCUCCCGAGCCGCAGCCCAGCUCAACCUGCGGUGGCCCUGCUCUUGCUGCUGCAGCUGCUGCAGUCAUGGCUGCUGACGGGGUGGACGAGCGUUCGCCUCUGCUGUCAGCAUCCCACUCGGGAAAUGUCACUCCCACAGCCCCGCCGUACUUGCAAGAAAGCAGCCCAAGAGCUGAACUCCCGCCUCCGUACACCGCCAUCGCCAGUCCAGGAGCCAGUGGUGUUCCUGUGAUCAACUGUCGCGUGUGCCAAUCGCUAAUCAACUUGGACGGUAAACUUCACCAGCACGUGGUUAAGUGCACGGUUUGCAAUGAAGCUACGCCAAUCAAAACCCCCCCGACAGGGAAGAAAUAUGUUAGAUGCCCUUGUAAUUGUCUCCUCAUAUGUAAAGACACAUCUCGGCGAAUAGGAUGCCCGAGACCCAACUGUCGACGCAUUAUUAACCUUGGCCCGGUAAUGCUCAUUUGUGAGGAACAGCCGACUCAGCCUGCAUUGCCAGUCCAGCCAGAAGGCACAAGGGUGGUGUGUGGGCACUGCGGAAACACAUUCCUGUGGAUGGAACUGAGGUUCAACACUCUGGCAAAAUGUCCACACUGCAAAAAAAUCUCUUCGGUUGGUAGUGCACUUCCCCGGAGACGCUGCUGUGCCUAUAUCACCAUCGGAAUGAUAUGUAUUUUCAUUGGAAUUGGCCUAACAGUUGGCACACAAGACUUUUCAAGGCGAUUUCAUGCAACCUACGUGUCUUGGGCAAUUGCUUAUCUCUUAGGUUUGAUUUGCCUUAUCCGAGCUUGUUACUGGGGUGCAAUCAGAGUCAGUUAUCCAGAACACAGUUUUGCUUAAAUCUACCCCUGAAUCAUUGACGCAGGUGAGAGUGUCCAGUAGCUCUUGAAAAGCUCUUUUGGACGCCUUCAGAUCAUUUAUCCUCGUGGAUUCCAUCCAUGCUUUGUAUAGUAGUUUCGAGACUUUGAGUCUUUUCUCAACAGAUGCUCACUACAGUACAGUAUACGCAAGUUCAUUUUGCUGCUAGGUUAUCAGACUUGGAAAAAUAAAGUGCGUCUUUGUUCUUUUAAAUCAUUUAGAGGUAUUUUUGUGUUUGCCAUCACAUGUUACAUCUAACACCAGACUUUUAUUAUGUUUAAACCAGUAAUGUCAUUACUCGCUGAUCUGUGGCUGUUCCCAAGAAGUGUUUAUAAAUGUUUCUACAAUAGGUUCAUGUUUAUACUUAACAUUUUCAACAGAAUCGCUUGCUUUAAAAUCUAAGCAAUAUGCAUUUUUGCUUGAACUGCUUACUGUAAUUUUAACCUAAGAUUAUAGUUACCUUAUUCAGGAAAAAAAAAUUGAGUGUACUUUCAAAAACUUGACAUUCUUGUCAGAGAAACAUUUCUAGAUAUUAUAUGCUUUUUUUUUGUUGUUUGUAGAAAGAUACAAUAUUUUGGUAGUAAAUUAAAAUACUUAGGAUGAACAUGUUUGGCCAGAGUUGGAUAUGUUGGAUAAAUGUCUUUUCUCUAAGAUUACAGAACCUUUUGCCUUUUAUUUUUGUCUUUUUAUUUAGCAUUUACAAAAAUCUGGUUUAUGGAACUUAGUGUUAGUCUGCUGGAUGUAUUCCGUUGUAGACCGGAGGAGGUAUUACGGAAAACAUGCUUUAUAAGGCUUCAUCAUCUCAUCACAGACACAUUUACACUGGGCUGCGUUCCCUCUCCUUAGAUCAUGGCAAACUUUUCUUUGUGAGAUCCCAUGUGUGCUCGCUUCCCUGUACAGAGAACCUAUGGCAUCUGGCCUUAGCCGAAACACUAAAGUUAAAGAUUCUCUUACUGUCUCUCAGCUGACCAGAUAAGGAUUGAGUCAGCUUACUCCAGGAAAUGGAUCAGAUGUAACGAGCUUCACAGCUUUCUAAGAUUUGCCCGGGGGUCUGUGGAGUCAGCUCGUGCACUGCCCACGUGUGCAGCCUCAAUGUAGUUAUUAUAUUGAGAGUUAAUGGCUUAAACUCUUUCAAACUGUUGAUCAGACAAUUGCGUGACCUGAGUAAAUUAGUAGGUGGUUCCGAGGGACACGACUAAUAUUUUAAGUUAUUUAUGUUCCUGGUUAAUCUACAAAUGCACUUAGCGCGAAGUUUGAAGUGAAAUACAUGUAAACCUCAAAGAGAAAAUGAUAAAUGUAUAAAUGCAGUAGCUCAGGAUUAUAUGUAUCUUUGAAAAUACACUAAUAAAGAUGAUUAUUCAAGAAUG